AUGCUAAAAUUGCGUUCUACUGCUCUCUCCAUCUUCUCUACUUCUGGUUCUAUUAAUCUUAGAGGCAUUUGGGAUUCAAUUCGAAGCCAAAGGGAGAAAGUACUCUGGCACAAUCUUAUCUGGUUUCCAUUGCACAUUCCUAAAUUUAGUUUGAUUGCUUGGAUGACUUUGUUGAACAGAUUACCAACAAGAAAUCGUCUACUCAAAAUGGGAAUUACCACGGAAGGGACCUGUGUAAACUGCAACAAUGAUAUGGAGACAAGAAACCACCUCUUCUGCCAUUGUCCCCUUGCUGUCCGACUGUGGAAUUCCAUACUGUCGCUGAAUGGCUUGAAGAAUGCAACCUCAACAUGGGAUGAAAUGGUUACUCGGGCAUCAUCAACAUGGAAAGGGAAAUCCUUGCUCACUACAAUCUUAAAGAUCGCAUGGACUGCCUAUGUCUACAUAUUAUGGGAGGAAAGGAAUUGCAGAAUUUUCAAAGGUCGACACAGAUCAACCGAGAACUUACUUAAGGUCAUUAUUGAAGCUGUGCGAAUUCAACUAAAGGGUAGAAAUAUAAAUAGAACUGAUAGAACUAACUAUAACCUUUGUAUUGCUUGGGAUUUAGAUUAA